CGAACAGCGUAGACGACAUUGGUUUUCAGGACGGAAAACCAGCAAUACGCUGCGGGCAGGAGAGCGCACUUUUGAGCGUACAGGAGUGCAAAAACAAGGAGAAAUGGGCGACCCCGUGGCCAUGGAGGUACCCCCCGCUGCAGCAGAGCCAAGUACUACUCCAGUGAAAGCGUUGCCGCAACCAGGAGUACCUGCCGCGGCUGUUCCCGCGCCGGUUCCACCCUCAAACCAAAACAGCAGUGACAUCAGCGCGAGCGCGGGUUCUGCUGCUGCUGCUCCUACUCCCGCACCAGCACCUCCUCCGGCAGCCUCCGGAGGCAGAUCGGAGGAUGACUCCAACGUCUCGUGGAACGAUAUCAAGAGCGUGCAGAACCUGAUCGAGCGUUGCUUGCAGAAGUUCAUGACCCAGACCGAGAUCAUCGCGGCUCUUCAGGUCGAAGCAAAUGUGGACCCCUCUUUUACGUGCCUCGUCUGGCAAAAGCUCGAGCAACAGAACCCAGAGUUUUUUUUUUCGUACCACGCGCGGCUGAAGAUGCGGGAUCAGAUUGUAGCCUUUAACUACCUGGUGGACCAGCAGGUGUACCUUAUUAGAGUCACUUCGACGGGGAUGAUGCCCCCGGGAAUGCCUCCAGGGAUGCCGCCAGGUCUGCCCCCCGGGAUGCCGCCAGGUCUGCCUCCCGGGAUGCCUCCCGGUUUACAGCCCGGAAUGAUUCCGCAUCACCCCCUGGCGCAGCACCCGGGGUUUCCUCAAGGGAUUCCGCAGGCGGUGCCGGCACCAGGGGGUAUGCCAGGGGCUAUACCAGGGCCUCCCGGGGGACCGGUUUUCCAGCAGCAACGACAGGAACCGCCGCCACCGCCACGGCCUCAAAUGCCGGUGCCCCCUGCCGCAUCGGCACCAGUCGCGGUGACGAGUGCAGAAGCCAGCAGGAAUACUGCCACUGCUGCUGUUCCAGCGGGGGCCAGUAAGGCGGGCGGCGGCGGUGUGCAGUAUCCCCUCCCUGAACCGGCACAGGAGGCUGGUUUCGCUACUGCGCCGGUGAUGGCGACUCUGCCCAUGUCUGAUGGGUUGGCGGCCGCGCCUUCGCCUACUGCUGCCGCUGAAGCGGCUGCUGCUGCUGCUACAGCUGCUGCUACUGCUGCUCCCGUGAUCGCCGGCAGUGUGCCACUCUCCCCGUUUCCCUCUUCUUCGGCAGAAGAGGCCGCGGUGGCAGGUGCAGGGGAAGGGGCAGGGGCAGGGCCGGGGGCAGGGGACGUGGGCGAGGUUGUACCGCCGCCAGAGGCCAGCGUCGUAACGGCCCCUGGUUCUUCCCCCGCCCCUCUCGCUGGUGCUGGUGCUGGUGCCGCCGUUAGUGCCGCUGCUGCCGUUGCCGAUGGUACCAUUAGCGAGCCCGGUCCUGGCCCUGCUGCUGCCGCUAGCAAGCCCGCUGCAGGCUCUGCCGCUGACGAUGCCGAACCGCGGCUACCUGCGCAGCCGGAAACGAUAGCGACACCGCAAGACAACACAAUCACAGCAACAGCGGCAAUGGAGGCGGCGGCGACGGCGGCAGUUGAAGCAGGGGCUGCGGCGGCGGUGGCCGGGUUCGAGCCGCAGAGCGGGGAGGGCUUGGGGCUCGGAGGAGGUAUCCCACAAGGAACGGCGGCAGAGACUGGUCGAAUGGAUGUAGGAGGCGCGAUGGAUCCCGCAUCGUCAGCUGCUGCUACCACUGCCAUGGCUACCACUGUUGCUGCGUCACAGGGCGCCUCCGCUCAUCGGGCCGCGGAUAUUGAGGCUGCAGCAGCUCUGGGUGCUGAGGCGAUGGACGUCGAUGUCCACAUCGGCAACGAGGUUACAAGGCCUUGAAUAUGUUCAUGAUGAUACAAUGGUGGGGCCGUUUUUUUGCGGCGCCUGGUAGUGUCGGCAGGGAAUCUGGUCACUUUCAGGGUUUGUGUCGCCGAAAAAGGGGAUCGCUUAAACGUGCCCGCCACUCUUUUGUGUUUUUUCUACCGUUCUUUGCGGCGGCGGCGCGAGAAAAUGUGGCACGAAAUAGAUGUCCAUACAGCCAUGUUGUAGAUGAAAAUUUAUCGAUGCUAUGUAAGCUCGAAGUAUAGAGGUAGCGGAUGUGACGAAAGGAGGAAGGUUUUGCAGCCAUUUUUAAGUUUCACGUGUCUUAUGUAUGGUCAGUUUGGUGACCGACGACGAAGAUAACGACGACUGACUACGGUACGACGGCGGCGAUGUUAUGUACAUAUUAUAGUUGACAUCCUGGAGGGACGGAGAAUUUCGCCUCAGGUACCUUGUGUCGAGCACUUUCAUGACGCGUUCUUUGGAUCUGGGAGGUUUUUUGCAUUUGCAGGAAAUAGACAAGUGGCAUCACAAGGUGUUCAACCUAGACGGCGGAUUGCCCACGUUGCAACGUCAGCAACAAAGAGACCACGAUGGUCCUGUUUUUUUGCUUUCUUUUGCCUGAAGAUGA